UUUUCCUUCAUAAAAAAGCUGUUUCCAUAUUUACCAACCAAACAAGUACAAUUCCGAAAACGAAUGGAAUUUGACGCUGUUAUCAUCACCUCACUCGACUCCGUUAUUCUUAACCGACACUUCCCACCACCACCAUGGAUCCCUUCCUCCGCAAGCUCCGCCGCCACCUCCUCCGUUGGCUCCACCGAUCUCGCCGCUCCGGAUCGGUGUUCUUUGUGAGGAGAAUUUCGUACAACGAUGUUCGAAGCGCAACCGAUGGUUUCCGCAGAGUGGUUUUCAGCAAUUCUGAAGUUUCUGCAUAUGCGGCCAAUUUUGGAGAGGGUGGUGGUGGUGUUUGCUUGGUGAAAGAAUUGAAAGAUUUUGAUCAACGAAAUGGUGACAGUUUUCACCAACAAGUGCAGUUCUUGGGGCGCUUGCAUCAUCGCCACCUUCUCUCGCUCAAAGGCUUUUCUGUUGGACGCAAUCGCAAGAGACUGCUCAUAUUUGACAACAUAGAAAAUGGAAGCUUAAAGGAGCAUCUAAAUGACCCUUUGAAGACUCCCUUGAGUUGGAGGACAAGGUUGCAGAUAGCUAAUGGUGUUGUGGCCGCACUGAAAUACUUGUUUCUUUUCAGUGAUCCACCAGUAUGUCAUGUCUCUAUCAGCUCAGGCAAUAUUAUGUUGGACGAAAACUUCACUGCUAAGCUAUCUGACUUUGGCCUUCUUACAUCUGGUGGAAAUUCUGUCAUGAUCCCAAAAUCAGAAGAUUCCAUGGGGCAGAAAAGUUGCAAGAUUAUAUUCCAACUUGGAGUGCUCAUACUGGAAUUGGUAACAGGUCAGUCUUCAGAGAUGGAAGGUUCUGAUUUAGUUGAAUGGAUCCAAGAGUCCCGAUUUUACAGUUCGAUAGAUAAGAUGAUAGACCCUGAUCUUGGGAACAGUUAUGACUGUACUGAGCUUAAAAGUCUUCUAGCGGUCGCAAAAUUAUGUAUCAAAUCAUGGGACAAGCCUUCAUUUACAAUUCCUCAGUUUUUUGGGUAUCUCCAAAACAAGAUUGAUAUUCCCCAUAACUAGCUUUGUUACUUGUUUUGUUUGAAGAGCUUGGGUUUAUUGGGAGAAUAUUACUCAGUGUGAAUACUUACACGUUUCUUGCCUCUUGUAGUCACAGUUUCUUUAACCUCAUAUGAAAUUGAAUA